CAAACCAAAGGAAGGAACACAUGCAUGUGGACAUGCAGGCUGCAGCAGUGAAAAGACGUAAGAGAGGGAGGCACCUGCUGCUGCUGCUGUAUUCACCGAGUAAAUCGACCCAGAAAUGAAGAAACGAGGGUGCAGCAGAGGCAGAAAGAAACAGUGUUAUACUGUGAUGCAAUAUGGGGCAGUUAUUACUCGACUCGACUCGUUAGCCAUUUGGUUUUGGGCACGCACUUCAUCUCUCCUGGCUGGCAGCAAAUUAACCCCGACACCGAGAAAUAUUAUGCCCUUUUCCGGAGACACCAGUCGUUGCCCUUUUUUGACCAACAAUCAAGGAAAGCCUUGGAAUCCACCAAAACCAUAC